UCACAGCGGCCUUUUACCACGUGAUCAGCCGUGUCCAAUGACAAGCUGAUUACAGGGAAAUGCAAUUGCCGGUUCUCGGCUGCACUUUCCUAACGCUGUCAGAGCGUGAGGAAAGUACUGCCGAGAACCGGCAGUUGUCAGAGCAGGGCACUGAUGAUCAGUGCCCUGAUGAUCGGUGCCCAGCAGUGCACCCACCAGUUCCGCCCACCUGUGUCCAGCAGUGCUGCCCACCUGUGCCCAGCAGUGCCACUCACCUGUGCCACCCACCUGUGACCAGCAGUGCCACCCACCUGUGACCAGCACUGCCCCUCAGUGCAGCCCAGCAGUGCUGCCAGUCUGUGCCUCCAGUCAGUGCCCAGCAGU